GUGGGAUACUGUACUAGGCAGGGCGGGUGGCGAGAAAACAAUAGCUCUUGACUGCGGAGGGGAGGGUGACCCUAGACAGAUCAGGACUUGUUGGAGAGAAUAGGGAUGCUGCGUGCGUGGGAAGUUUACCUGUGGGUCUGUGACAGUCAAAGCAGCAUGAUCGGGGAGCGCGUCUGCUCCGUGCAUGGUGUGAUGUUUUAAGUCGCGGAAGAAGCUUACAGAAUUCGGCGAGCAGAGGGGAGGUGAAAAUGCCACAUUCGGUUGUUCCGCUGCGGAGCGCAGGCGGACCGUUUUACCGGCCGACGCCCGCGCGUCGGGGACCGCGGUUCGACUGAGGAAAAACGAGGGCUGCUGAAGAUGAUUUUGGGCGAACCAUGGCAAACGGAGCCGGCUCGACCAUGCUGAAGUGCGUUGUUGUCGGAGACGGCGCCGUGGGCAAAACUUGCUUGCUGAUGAGCUAUGCCAACGACGCCUUUCCCGAAGAAUAUGUUCCAACCGUCUUUGACCACUACGCGGUGAGUGUAACAGUCGGGGGAAGACAGCACCUGUUGGGACUUUACGACACAGCCGGGCAGGAAGACUACGACCGGCUCAGGCCUCUGUCCUACCCCAUGACCGACGUCUUCCUCAUCUGCUUCUCGGUGGUGAACCCGGCCAGCUUCCACAACGUGCGAGAGGAGUGGGUGCCCGAGCUGCAGGAGUAUGCGCCUGGCGUCCCCUACCUGCUCAUCGGAACCCAGAUCGACCUGCGGGAUGACCCCAAGACCAUCGCCAAACUGAACGACCUGAAGGAGAAGCCCAUCGUCACAGAGCAGGGGCAGAAGCUGGCCAGGGAGAUUGGUGCCUGCUGCUACGUGGAGUGCUCGGCGCUGACGCAGAAGGGCCUGAAGACGGUUUUCGACGAGGCCAUCAUCGCCAUACUCGCCCCCAAGAAGAAGGCCAUGAAGAGGCGUCUGGGCAGCCACUGCUUCAGCUGCUGCCUGAUCACGUGAGGGGGGAGGGUGACCUGAUGACCCAGCACCGCCCGACAGACCACCGCUCUCAACACCCAGCUCUGCCUCUGAACCCGGCGUCCAGCCUGGAGACCGGAGGCUGGGAGAUGCCUGUACCCCGCCCUGAUAACCAUAGCAGCACAAAGCCCC